UUACAUAACUGUUAUUUACUGGGCUUUAACUCACUGUUUAUAUAUAUAUGUGUACGUGUCCAAGCACCGGAUCGGAGUUAGGAGCGUUGGGUUAAACUCCCUUUUUGUCUAGCCAGCCAAUGUACCUCACUGCGAGGUUCCAAGUGUACUCAAGCUAAGGCUGCUUUGGGGUGUUUUAGAUUCCCCCUUUCUGCUUCUGUUUUGUAUAGAAUGUUAAGACUUGUAUUAUACUGUCAUGGUAGGAAUUUGGUCCCUAACCUGAAUGUCUGUAUAUGUUGUAUGUAUAUAUGUUUUACUUAUGAAUGUAAAUGUGUUCGGAAAAGUCUUUUUUCAUACAGACGGUCACAGCUCAUUGGACAUCUUUUAUUACUGUUUUGGCUUUCGCCAGCCCCUGUACUCUGUAUUACUGUCUUUACUGUUAAGUAGGCCUUCGGUAAUCACGGAUUACUGGCCGGUUACGGUGCUAAACCCAUAGGGGCGGGUUUGGGUUGUGACACUUAGGUUACAACUUAAAAGAAUACUAAUCUAUUAGCUCAAAUCCUAAAUUUUCCAAUCACUGCAUCUUAAAGCACGACUAUAUACAACUCGGCCACAAAGGCCUCGACAAAAAAAACCUUGAUUUAAUAUAAACUAUUUGAUACUUCAAAUUUUAUCAAAUUUACUAAAUUUUCCUCUCUUCAAAUUUUAUGGAAAAAAUUAUUUUUAAUACUUCAUCUUUUUAAUUUGAUGAAAUAUUUAAUGAAUGAAUUGAAAAUAAUUUAUUUUUUUAUCAAAUUUAAAUUUCAUAAGAAAAAAAAAUUAAGAAUGAGAUCCCCUUAUUACAUAUACCCCCACCCAGCUACCCCCAGUCCAAUAUUGGAGCCUCCUGUCCUGUAAUCUUCUUUCUUGUAUUGUUAACAAAUCCCAGUUUCACUCUCUUUGGUUUUUGGGAUAUCAUUCAUUCAUUCAUUCAUCCACAAACUUCCAUUUUUCAAGCUUUUUCAGUGAAUAAAAAUGGAAUUGGAACAAGUAAGGCAAGGACAAGAAGAGAAAGAGCAAGAGCAUCCACUCCAUAACCCUCUUCUCUACCCAUACAAGAUGGGAAACUUCCUACUUUCUGUUGUCUUGGCGCCAUUGACUAGGCAGAGAUCUUUUGACAACGUUCCUCAACCACAUGCUAUCUUAUAUUACUCACAGAGGACCAGCAAAGGAGGCCUUCUCAUUUCCGAAGCCGCAGGGGUUUCCGAUACUGCACAAGGAUAUCCAUUUACACCUGGUAUAUGGACAAAGGAGCAAGUUGAAGCCUGGAAACCAAUUGUAGAUACUGUUCAUGCAAAGGGUGGUAUAUUCUUUUGUCAGAUUUGGCAUGUGGGAAGAGUUUCAAAUCAAGGUUUUCAGCCAAAUGGGAAAGCUCCAAUCUCCUCUACAGACGAGUCGUUGACUAAUGGUGUUGAUGUUGCACAAUUUUCACCUCCAUGGAAGCUAAGGACUGAUGAAAUUCCUCAAAUUGUUAAUGAUUUCAGACUCGCUGCAAGGAAUGCAAUGGAAGCUGGUUUUGGUGGGAUUGAAAUCCACGGAGCUCACUGUUACCUAGUAGAACAGUUUCUGAAAGACCAAAUUAAUGACCAAACCGACAAGUACGGAGGCUCUUUGGAGAAUCGUUGCAAAUUUGCACUCGAAAUCGUUGAAGCCAUUGUCAAUGAGAUAGGAGCUGAUAAAGUUGGAAUUAGGCUCUCUCCAUUUGCAAAUUACAUGGAAUCCGGGGACUCAAAUCCAAAAGCUCUAGGUCUUUACAUGGCGGAAUCAUUAAAUAAAUAUGGGAUUCUAUAUUGCCACAUGCUUGAGCCUAGAGUGAAAACUGUUGGAGAAAAAUUUGAAUGCCCCGACAAGCUUUUGCCAAUGAGGAAGGCUUUCAAGGGCACUUUCAUUGCUGCAGGAGGUUAUGACAGAGAAGAAGGUAUGAGAGCCGUGGCAGAGAACCAUGCGGAUCUUGUGGCAUAUGGUCGGUUGUUUCUGGCGAAUCCGGAUUUGCCAAGGAGGUUUGAGCCCAAUGCUCCUCUUAACAAGUACAAUAGAGAGACCUUCUAUAUUCCUGAUCCUGUUGUUGGUUAUAUUGAUUAUCCAUUUCUUGAACAAACCAAUGCCUAAAAAUUCUUCUUCUGGGGGUGGAUUAUUGUCAUUCUUGUCAAGAUUUUAGGAUUCACUGUUUAAAAUAAAUUCUUUUCCCUUUUUUGUUUUAAAACUGUUUUAUCAGUGUAAUAUAAUAAUACACUUAAUGCUUCUGGUCACUUUGAUUGUUAAAGUGGUAGCAGUGUAGCUAUUAUUUGACAGAACUGAAUUGGAAGCCAGAAAGUCUUGUAUGUUUAAGUGAAUAUACCUCUUCAACUUUUUGUC